AUGUCGGAUGAUGAAAGGGUAAGAACCCGAAUUAUGAAAAAGUCUUCCAUAUAAUAUCUGUUUUAGAUAGUACCACCUCAUUCGGCAUCUCCUCCAUCCCCUCUGCACGGACCACUCGACCCGGGAUGGAGAUCCCCGCUGCAGUGGUCAACAGAGGCCCGGCAACCAUCGUGCCGAGGCCCAUUAGCAUCUCAAUGAGUGGCCGGACGCUGGCGGUGUAGGAGCAGGCGAGCACUUCAAUACUGAAAAACUUGUCAAUGAAACUAUUUUUCCAGACGGUGCUACCUCAUCCGGCACCUCCUCCAUCCGCUCGGCACGGACCACUCGACCCGGGAUGGAGAUCCCCGCUGCAGUGAUCAACAGAGGCCCGGCAACCAUCGUGCCAUUAGCAUCUCAAUGAGUGGCCGGACGCUGGCGGAGUAGGAGCAGGUGAGCACUUCAAUACUGAAAAACUCGUCAAUGAAACUAUAUUUCCAGACGGUGCUACCUCAUUCGGCACCUCCUCCAUCCGCUCGGCACGGACCACUCGACCCGGGAUGGAGAUGGCUGCUGCAGUGAUCAACAAAGGCCCGGCAACCAUCGUGCCGGGGCCCAUUGGCCCUCUUGACGGGUGGUCGGCCAAUUAAGAGAAGAUGAGCACUUCAAUACUGAAAUACUCUUCAAUGAAACUAUAUUUCGAGACGGUGCGACGUCAUCCGGCACAUCCUCACCCACUGCCAUCCCCACUCCGUCCUCCAAACAGGAACCACACGAGCCCAGAGAAUAGACUAGCCAAAAGUGGAGACUAGCUUCCAGAUUGUGCUAGCUGAUCCAGCUCGCUCUCGCCUACCUCCACUCACCACCACAAGGAAGGAUCCAGGAGCAAUACGAUAUGGUGGCCGGGUCAAGCCCGAUGUAAAGAGGGUAAAAACCUUAGUGAUUCCGUGCGUCACAACAAGGGUGAUGUGUAUUGAAGACGGUGCUACCUUAUCCGGCACUUUCUCACCUACUGCUUCACAUCCACACUUUAUCCUCCCAACACGGACCACCCGAACCCGGAGAAUAA